AGCUUUUUAUUACAGUUCACCGAACAAUUCGUAAAAAGCAAAACAAACAAACUGAAUAAGGAAGCAAAACGUGUUAAUAAACAGUUUAAUCAGUCAGUGUUUCGAAAAAUAAAUACAUUUACUUAAUUGAGGAAGAAGUUACCCUAGAGACAUGGAGUCAGGCUUUUAUGUGAUACUAUUACUUCUGAUAUUUUUGAAGUUGAUGAUAUGGGUAUGUGUGUUCUACUCGCGUGCACGUAGGAGGCAGAUUGUUACUCAAAGAGGGCUCAUCAUUGUGCAUGGAGAUGUUUUGGCGGGCCCUACAAGGGAUAGAGACAUGAUUAUACAUGGCGAGCAUCCACCUGCGAUGUCACCAGUUGGUUUAGACAAUCCAGCCAUUGUUGCAAAUCCACCGUCAUACGAAGAAGUUCAACGAACAAAAUCCAGCGAGGAAAAACCACCUUCAUAUGAUCAGGUUGUUUGCGGGAAUACAUUUUCACCAAGCAGUGGUAACAUACUUGAACAGCCACCACAGUACAGCCCUGUACCAUCCAAUUUGCAGCAGACGACAGUCAAUGCUGGGCAGACGACAACAGCACAAUCCAACACAAAUGCAUAGGUGUUCUAAUUUUGUUGCAGUUUUUCCCCCUCAUGUCAGAAAUAAAAAUAAGCCUAACUCGUACUAAGAUAUUAAUGAAUUGUUUAAAAUGAUAAAAAAUAAGUUGUGCAAGUUAUAAAUUUAAAAUAUAUUUGAGUAUGGAUGUUAAUAAUAAUAAACAAUAAAUAAUGUACAUGUGCAAUCAGAAUGAGGUACACAACUUGGUGUUCUUUUUAAUUUUGUAGCAAUUCCUGUGAAAUAACAGGGUAAUACAUGUAAAUGUAUGCCAAACUUGUUAUGAUUGCAUACUUCAAAUUUCUUGCACAUAUCGGCUUUAGGGUGCCCUCCACCAAUAAAAUAUUUUAAGUUGUCAAAUGACCCAUCGAGUCAUCAGAAUAUCUUUGUGAGUCUAAGCUCAUUUAAAGUUCACUAAUCAGUGCCUUGAAAGAACAUCGACUGCUGAUCACAAGAUGAGUCUGCGACUUCUUAGAUAGAUUAUUAGAGCAAUGAUUAUUUUAAUUGAAUCUUACAUAACAAACAUAUAUUAUUGUAGUUUGUAAUUAUAUUAAGUUGAAUAUACUUCAUAUGUUGUGAAUAUUGAGGCUCAAGCUACUAUUGUGUUCAAAUAUUUUUUUAUAAGGUAUACUUUUGUGUAUGUCUUGAUAAAUAAAACGCAGCUUAUAUUUGAAAGCAUUAUAUAAAUUCACUUCAAUUCGAUUCAGUGUGCUCACAUAAAGUUGUACAAUAUUUUUUUUUUUUUUAAAUUAUGCUUGUACAAUUUUUUCAUUUUAUAGUAAAUUUCAAACCAGUAUGAUAUUUCAGUAUGUUUCAAUUAUUCAGUUUUAGUUAGCUGUACAUGUACAUUUAAUCAGUUAUUUCUAAUUGUAAAUUCAUUCAUGCUUUGUGAAAACUAUUUUUUUUUAUUCUGCUUUAUUGAUUUUAUGUAAAUGGCAAGAUUUUGGUAUUGUAUGGUUAUUGUAUUGUUGCUUUUGAUUAAAAAGUCUAUGCUUUUGUAAACCUCACUUUUUCUGCAAAUCCAAAAAUGGCAAGUUUUUUUUCCUCACAUAUGUUGAUUAGGGGAGGGGUUAGAGAUAAGCCACUCCCAUUUAGUUAUUUUUUUUAUAUUUUUUUUUAAUGCGUUUAUUUAAGGGCGCCGCCGGAAAGCCCAUAUGGGCGACCGUACACUCAAGUCGGGCCAUCCUAGAGCGUCCCGCCGAGAUUUACCAUUUAGUUAUAAUAUUGAAUGUGUAAGUGGGAAAAUCACUUUAGUUACACCCCAUAGAUUUUUUUUCUUUCAUUUGUGUAAUUGUACACUUUUUGCAUUGUUCUCAUGCAUAAUCAUUAUGGUACAUUUGUAUCUGAACUGAUGUUGUUUUUUUUUCUUCGAUAACUUUUCAUCAACACAUCUGAUAUAAUUUUAAUUUGAUUUAGAGAAUCAGAAUACUGAUGGCAUAAAGCCUGUAGUAUCAUUUGAGUAUUAUUAUUUGUGAUAUUUUUUAACUUGAUAAAAUCCUUUAACCUUUAACAUGCUGGAGCUGAAAGUGAUAAGCUCUUUGCCACCAGUAUAGAGCCAGGCCAGCUGGCACAUAUGUGCAUUCUGACCAGGCUCUAUACUGUUGGUAGCUCAAUUUUUGUAUUUUGAUAUUGAAAUCCCUAAAACUUUAAAUGGACUGUUCCAAAUUCAAAGUAGGGCAAUUUCCAUUACACUAAUACAGCAGGUUUAAUUUUAACAAAACCAAGAAAUAACAGGCCAAAUAAUACACCAAAAGGAUUGUCUUUUCAUCUUAAAAGUAUUUUUGUACUUAAGUAUUAUUUUUUAGCAUAAUUUUAACCACAUGUUGAUAUUCUGUCAAGGUGCAAGCUUUAACAGACUGUUCUGAAAUAGAUAAAAUAUUAAAACAAAGUGAUUCCUACUAAAACAUUCAUUGUGUAUGUUAUAGCUUUGUAAUAAAAUUCUUGCCGCACAUUUUAAAAAAUGCCAUCUACUUAGAGCAGUUACGUGUUUACUUCUAUUAAAAUUGAUAAGGAGUUAACCCAUUACUGCAGUAAGGUGAAGAAAUCUUGAUUUCUGAAUCAUAUUUUAAGUGCCUUAGAUAAAUUCCAUAUGUACUGCAUGUUCUUCUGUGAUAAGAUAUUAAUAAACUUUUAUAUUUUUUAUUUUGUUAAAUAGGGGAUAUUUUAGCUAAAUACCUGUUUUGCUUGUUAAAAAAAGCCAUUGUUAGAUAGUCUUUGAAUCUUGUAUUGGGAUUGUUUUAUAAGAACACUAGUGUACCUUGUUGAAGAAUUUAAGCUGUUCGUUUAUUGUCACGAGAGGCUGGCCUCUAAGUUAAUGAUACAAUAAUGUAACCCUGUCCCUGCAUAUGAGAUGGGUUUACCCAUCUAUUAUAUUGUAUGGCAAGUAUACCUAGUUUUGUCUGAUUUGAGAUCAAGUGUUUUGUUAUGAAAAAAAAAAAAGUUAAUUUAUAUAAAAUAUGUUCAUAUUCCCAAAAAUAGCUUCUAUAGUUUCUGUUAUUAGCUUGUUAUAUUCAUUAAUUUUUAUUUGCAAAAGUGUGUUAAUUGCUGUGGCAGCAAAAGGGUUUAGUAAGAUUUUUAUAUAACUUAUAAUGAAAAAUGGCUUUAAAGGAGAAUUUGAUUGACAUCUUUAUAAAAUACUUGCACCUCAACCUUUCAGUCCUUUCUAUAGCAUAAUUUUUCACUGAUUUGAUAUCACAUAUUCUUCUUCUAGAUUAUUUAUUACAUUGAUUGUGUGAAAUAUUAAAGGAUGUAGUGGUAACAUUUAAGUAAGUGUGAUCAAGCCUAUUUUGAAGGAGCCAGUUGAUUUUAUGUUGCAUAGUUUAGCUUUGAGCACUGCUAGGGUUAUACAAGUUGAGAAAUCUAUUUACUGCAUUUAAAAAAAAAAUUGCAGGUUUAAAUGAAAUGGCCAUGCAUGCUUAAUUUCAACAUUGUUACAAAUGAUAAUUAAGGUAAUUAUUUAGUUAUCAUAUAGUUAUAAUUGUAUAAAAUGUAGAAUA